AUGUUUAAUUCUCGUACUCGUCUUAUUAUUGUCAAUACACCAAAUAAUCCAGUUGGAAAAGUUUUUGCACGUGAUGAACUUGAACAUAUAGCAAAUUUAUGUCAAAAACAUAAUGUUAUUUGUAUAUCCGAUGAAGUUUAUGAAUGGUUAGUAUAUGAUGAAAAUAAAAAACAUAUACGUAUAGCAACAUUAUCGAAUACCUGGCAGCGAACAUUAACAAUCGGUAGUGCAGGAAAAACAUUUUCAUCAGCUGGUUUAAAAUUAGAAGUUGUUGCACGUUGUUUUGAAUAUGAAUUAAAACGUAUUAAUUCUUCUGAAUGUUAUUUUAAUUCAAUAUCAAAUGAAUUUCUUAAAAAAUGUGAUAAACUUGUUCAAGCUUUAAAAGAAUGUGGAAUGAAAUCUGUUAUACCUGAUGGUGGAUAUUUUAUUCUUGUGGAUUAUAGUCAAUUUGCUAGUGGCGAAUUUCAAUUGGAUGCUGAUGAAGUGAAAGAUAUUAAAUUUGUUCGAUAUUUAAUCGAAGAAAAACAACUUGCUACUAUUCUUGUAACAGAUUGUUAUAUAACUGAUCAUCGUCAUUUAGCUGAAAAUUAUAUUCGAUUUUGCUUUGCUAAAAAAGAUCAAACACUCGAUAAAGUAAUUGAAAUUCUUCGAAAACUUAAAACAAAUUAA